CCUGGUGUCGAGGGGAGAAAUUCUAGACUGAAUGGUGACAGCUGGAUUGUUGCGGGGCUUGGAGCCAGCAGCUCGGAGGGUGGGAGUGGUCAAUGGCCGGUCACCUGUCCCCUCUCACCGAAAAAGAAACUUCGGCUCUUGGAAGGGCUAGGAUCCGUGUGGGGGAUGGGCAGAGUAUAGCCCCACAUCUCCUCCUUAGCGUACCAGGUCCCUCCCCACCUCCCGCCCCUCGCCGGGGUCCAGCAAGGGUCUGGGUCGGGGCGGGUCCAGACCCCGGGCCCUGCCCAGCAGGCGGGCUCAGGCCUCACCCUCGGAUCUCCGCCGUAGGGCCAAUCCAGCCUCUGGGGCGCACCCGGGCGGCCUUUCCGGGCCCUCAGCUUCCUCUGGCCGUCCCGCCCCUCACACUCCCGCCCCCGGCCCCAGUCUGGCCGGGCUUCGCGGCUGCGGCACGGACGGUGGCGGCGAUUGGGCUGCGCCCCGCCGCGUCCCCGAGUCCCGGGAGUCGGCGCGGCGCGGCAGGAGCAGCCAUCCGCCACAGAGAGCCCAGCUGUCAGCUGUCUCACAGGAAGAUGCUUCGAGGAUGGUGUGGCCUCAGUAUGGGUGUGUGUAUGCACAUGGCGGCACUGGGAGUGCUGUGCCUCUGCCUCACAGGAGCUGUGGAGGUCCAGGUCUCUGAAGACCCUGUGGUGGCCCUGGUGGACACAGAUGCCACCCUACGCUGCUCCUUUUCCCCAGAGCCUGGCUUCAGUCUGGCACAGCUCAACCUCAUCUGGCAGCUGACAGACACCAAACAGCUGGUGCACAGCUUCACUGAGGGCCGGGACCAAGGCAGUGCCUAUGCCAACCGCACAGCGCUCUUCCCUGACUUGUUGGUGCAGGGCAAUGCAUCCUUGAGGCUGCAGCGCGUCCGAGUGACCGAUGAGGGCAGCUACACCUGCUUUGUGAGCAUCCAGGACUUUGACAGCGCUGCUGUUAGCUUGCAGGUGGCCGCCUUCUACUCAAAGCCAAGCAUGACUCUGAAGCCCAACAACUGGAGACAAGGUGAUAUCAUAUGCUCCAGCUCCCAGGGCUGCCCCGAGGCUUCGCAGGGCUCACCAGACUGGCCUGUGACCGCAUCUUAGAUGGCCAAGGAGCAGGGCUUGUUUGAAAUACACAGCAUGUUUAGGGUGGUCCAGGAUGCUAAUGGCACCUACAGAUACCUGGUAUUCAACUUGGUAAUACAGUAGGAUUGUCACAAUCCACAGAAGCACCCCACAGGAGGCAUGGAGGUCCAGGUCUCUGAAGACCCUGUGGUGGCCCUGGUGGGCAGUGACACCACCCUAUGCCGCUUUCCCCCCUCCCCCGAGUCUGGCUACAACCUGGCCCAUUUUAACCUCAUCGGGCAACUAAUAGAUACCAAAUAGCUGGUGCUCGGCUUCCCUGGGGGCUGGGUCCAGGAGGCCUAUCCCAGCAGCACAGCAUUCUUCCUUGAUCUGCUGGCAUAGGGCACUGUGUCCUUGAGGAUUCAGUGCAUGUAUGUAGCUGAUGAGGGCCGCUGCUUCCCCUGCUUUGUGGGCAUCUGGGACUUUCGCAAUGCUGCUGCCAGCCUGCAGGUGGCAGCCCCCUACUCGAAGCCCAGCAUGACCUUGGAGCCCAACAAGGACCUGCGUCCAGGGGACAUGGUGACCAUCACAUGCUCCAGCUACCAGGGCUAUCCGGAGGCUGAGGUGUUCUGGAAGGAUGGACAGGGACUGCCCUUGACUGGCAAUGUGACCACAUCCCAGAUGGCCAACGAGCGGGGCCUGUUUGAUGUUCACAGUGUGUUGAGGGUGGUGCUGGGUGCUAACGGCACCUACAGCUGCCUGGUACGCAACCCGGUGCUGCAGCAAGAUGCUCACGGCUCAGUCACCAUCACAGGGCAGCCCCUGACAUUCCCCCCUGAGGCUCUGUGGGUGACCGUGGGGCUCUCUGUCUGUCUUGUGGUACUGCUGGUGGCCCUGGCCUUCGUGUGCUGGAGAAAGAUCAAGCAGAGCUGCGAGGAGGAGAGUGCAGGUGCUGAGGACCAGGAUGGGGAUGGAGAAGGAUCCAAGACAGCUCUGCGGCCUCUGAAACACUCUGAAAACAAAGAAGAUGACGGACAAGAAAUAGCUUGACUGGGAGCUGCUGCCCUUCCCAGGUGGGGGGCCCACCCUCUGGCAGUCUUGAGCUUCAGUGUGAGCCCUUCCCCCAGUGAAUGGGUUCUGUUCCACAGAUCUACCCGUUCGUCAAAGGAUGUGGUUCAUAGGCCACUCACAGCCUUAUUUUUCCAACGGUCUUAAUUCCCAUCACCCUGCAGCCUCAUUUCUCCAGUGACAUGAUACAUGAACCAUCCUGCGGCCUUAUUUCUUACGGACACGACGGAAAGAGCACUCCACCUCAGUGUUCCUGCAGAGUCCUCCGGUGGCCUUGUGACACCGCAUGAACCUUCUUCCUUCUGCCUUACUUCUAGUGGACACACACAAACCAUCCCCAUGUCCUUGCUCCUCCAAAGCCAUGCAGACUGUUUACACAGUCUGUUAUUAUUCUCCAAGGGGCAUUCUGUUCAGAUGAACCCCUGCCUUAUUUCUCUGAAGACAGCUUGGUUCUUUCUCCCGAGGCCCUGACAUAUCUUAGUUACCGAUCCUCAACCUCUGUUCUGAUCCCAUCGCUUGGCAAGUCUUCAUCCUGACUCCCUUGCCCUGAUCUGGACCUGGCUUUGGUUGUCUCCCUCUCUAAGUGAGAUGGGGUACACUCCCCAUAUACACACACACAGGCCACAGAUACCUGCUGUUGUUCGUGCUGGAUCACGUACACACUUGCCUUGCAUGGGCUCCUCUGGCUGUCCCGGGCUGUGCCCAUCUCCCCACAGGAAGCAGGUGCUGGUCUCCCUGGUUCUCAGGGCCCCUCAGGGAGUCAGCAUUUAACCCUGUGCUUCCCCAUGCUGGAAAUCUUUGCUACCUUUUCUUUCUUAGUAAAUUAAAGUCUGUUGAACAACCACGGGGUCCAAUGGGACUUUCACAGAACCUCCAGCUAGAAAAGUAAUGACACAACAGGAGUUUAUUAAUAUUUUAAAGCAUAGGCCUUUUGCUGGGCAGUCUCCCAAGUACUCUGUCCCGACUAAUCCUGGCACUGUGUCCUGCCACAUGGCCAGGUCUACCUCUCUGCUCCACUCUGAAUCAUCCAUCCACCUCCAUGUCUGCCGGCAAAUCUCCCGUGAUUCAAUUCUUCUCCCAGAGUCCCUGUCUCUGUCCCGAAGUACCACCUUCAACUUCCUGCCCAACUAUUGGCCAUCAGCUCUUUAUUAAAGCCGAUCAGGAGUCAUUCUAGAUUGCCUUGGGCAGAUGAAGAAGAAACAAAUAGUUAUAAAAUAUGAGGCCAGCAAUGGGCCAUAGAAAUAUCAACACCAGAUCCUGCCAGCAUUUAGCCCUCUGCUGGUACAAAAUUAACAAUUGAAUAUGCAGAGACAUAUCUUCACAGUGUAUACCCCAAUAACAGGCAUGAGCUUUGUGCUGGGUAUUAGGGUCCUGCUAGAAAAUCAGAGACCUUACCUCCAACUGGGAAAUGGCUUUGCUCCCAACUGUACCCAUCGCUUCUGGAUACCUCACCCCCAGCCCACACUAUCCCUGACCUAGGGCCCAGGGUAGGGCCAGAAACCUGGAGAAAGCAUAGCCCCUUGCCAUACUUGGAGAACUGGGUAUGUUCCAGAGUCUUUAUAGAUGUGGACUGGAAGGCAGGUGGCCACAGCCAUGCAGACAUGUGUCAGGGCAGAAGCCAAUGCUAUGCUGGGACCUCCUCUGCAGCUGGAGCCUGAAGAGGGCCUGAGGACAAGGAGGGCCUUCUUACCAUGGUGCUAUUCCGGAGCUGUGGUGUGUAGCUGGCUUGUCUCUGACAGCCCUGGCUUCUGGCAGGACUUCUGAUGUCCUCCUGAAAGACUCUCUCCCACCCCAGUACUGGAGAACCUGAGGGUAAUUUAAACAUGGGACUCUGGCCAGCACCUGGAAGAGACAGGUGGAUCUCUGACUUCGGAGCCAGCCUGGUCUACAGAGUGAGUUCCAGGAUAACUGGGGCUACACGGAUAAACCAUCUCAAAGACUAAAAAUAAUAAACAUGGGACUCUGUAAACUGGGUAAAUUUUGGGAGAAAUAAAUGUCUUUUUCUUUCAAUAGC